AUGCAUGUGAGGUAUAGAUUGGCUUUAUAUAAAAAGACAGGAAGUAUUAACGAUACAGUUCUUGAAAAGUUUAUUUAUGACUUGAUUAGAGAGUUUGGAGGCAGUGAUUUGAGGAGCAAAGUGGAUGUUAAGUGCCAUAACAACGUGGUUAAGAUUGAGGUAGAUGAUGGUGCUUUUCUUGAUGUGCAUGGGGCAUUGUUUUUCUGUGGAGAGUAUGGACCUGUUGGAUGCAGGUUUGAGCGGAUUGAUUAA